CGUUUCUCCUAAUGCCACCAUGAAUGUGUUGACCAGGUUUCAUGGCAACCGUGACCACAUGUCACGGAGUGAACGUGACCUGCAAAAAAGAUCAAGACCAAGCAAUGGGAAAUGCCCUUCCGGUAGUGUUUCCAAACACUAUUCGUAGGCUAUGCAGAUGGCAUGUUUGGCAGAGUCACAAAGAUGGACUGAGGGCAUUGUUUAACUUGCAUGAUGGUUUGAAAGAGAAAUUGUUGACAGUAAUAAAUCACCCUCUCACCCCUGUGGAGUUUGAGAAGGCAUGGUGGGACAUGGUGAAUGAUUAUGGACUCGAAUCAGAUCCUACAAUUGGCAGUUUGUAUGAUAUGCGUGCAAGAUGGAUCGCCGCAUACUUCAAGGAUGUUUAUUGUGGGAGAAUGACAUCUACGCAACGCAGUGAGAGCACAAACAGAAUUGUGAAAAGAAACCACGUUGACCCUACAACACCUAUGCAUGUGUUUGCCAGAAAAAUGUUCCAAGUUUUGCAAAGGAGAAAAGAAGCAGAAGCCCGAGAGACCAUUGAAUCACAGGCCCGACGAAAAACAAUAACCAACUACCCUCUGGAACAUCAGCUGAGCAGAGUCUAUACCCGUGCAGUAUUCAGGAAGUACAAAGAAGCAUAUGUUUAUGGAACAUCUUUUCUUACAAAGAAAGUUGGCACGGGUCGUUUCCUUGUGCCGUACGGUAGAGACAGGCCAACUUUUUCAUGGUCCCAACAUGAGUUCAAAGUGGUUUUUGAUGAAGAAAACGAAGAAUACAAAUGUGAGUGCAAGCAGUGGGAGCACACAGGACUGCUAUGCCCACACCUUAUCAUAGUGAUGACAAAUGAGCAGAUUCAGAGGCUUCCAAGCAAGUAUGUGUAUAGAAGGUACACAAGGAAUGCACGAAUUGAUCCUCCAUAUGACAGGAAUGACACUCCACCGAUGGGACAUCAAAUAGUGGGAGGCACUUCAAUAUGCUCAGAGAGGCUUAUGCCGUGUUGAAGGAACUUAAGGUGGAUCAAAAGCUGGAUAUGAAAGAGUCAUGACCGUGUUGAAGGAACUUAAGGUGCAGGUUUGGGGAUUGCCCCCUGAUGUCAUGACUGUCUUUGAUGAUGUAGGUUGCAGUGACCCAGCUACCAGCGAGCUAAAUAAUUAGAAAGCCCCGCCAAUCUCCAAAGCGAAGGGUUCUAGAUCAGAACCAGGAGCAAGACCCAUCAUCGGCGCACGAGGGCCAAAGUUGUGCACAAGAGCUUGCAGCAAUUGUGGCCUUAAAAUGGGUCACAAUAGGGCGUCAUGCCCGAACCGAAAAGAAAGCUUUGCAAUUGGUGGAUCCACAACAGCCAGGGGGAGGGGAAGAGGAAGGGGCAGGGGAACUCGUCGCUGUUUAAUACAUGACGAGGUGGAAGAUGAGGAAAAUGAGCAGGAACAAGAUGAUCUGCCUUAUGGUGAAUCAUCUUGUGGUUCAGAUGAUAGCAAUUAGUCCUGGUUUCUAUGAUUGUCAUGACUAUGUUGUGCUAUUCAUUACGACUCAUGUAUCCCUAGUAGUCUAAAAAGAUGUGAGAAUGUCGUUAUCUCAAAAAUCACUGUUCUGACAUUUAUUUCAUAUUUGACGUGUGCAGUGAUGGGGACAUGUAUAAUUUGCUGGAAUCAUCUUACUUUUUCCUGAAUUAUUGGAAUUUCAAACUCUCAA